AUGAAGAGACUGAAAGCCCCUCCCCCCAAUCCCUUCCCAGAAGAGAAUCUUUUGGCAGAGGAACUCGAAACUGAAGCACCAUUCCAACAUCAGCCACUGCCAUUAGAUCAUACAGAAGCUCAAAAUAGUGUAUCAGGGAAGAAGACACCAAGCAGUAGUACUCAUGGUGGCCACAUUAUCUCAUCAUUACAAGACAGUGAAAACAGCAUAAAUAUAAAUGAUGAAUUCAGUGAUUUUAGCAGUGAAUGCAUACUCACAAUGUUGCACCCACAACGUGAAUGUAGCCUCCAAAGUCUGGCUGUGGGACUGUAUCUUCUGGUAUAUUAUGAACGGGAGAUAGUAGCCAACUUGACAGCUACUGAUAAUGAUGAUCCAGAUGAAGAAACUAAUGCAAAGAUAACAUACACUAUUGAGAAGAACGUCAUUGAAGAAGACAGUGGAAAACCAAUAUUUGAGAUUGAUCCUGACACUGGUUUCAUCAGGACAGCCAUAUGCUGCCUUGAUCGUGAACGCACUGCUGAGUACUCGAUUCAGGUUGUAGCUGUGGAUGGUGGAGGACUGAAAGGCACAGGUACAGUUUCCAUCUUGGUCAAAGAUGUCAAUGACAUGCCACCAGAAUUUACAAAGGCAGAAUGGAUUACUGAAGUUGACGAAACAGAAGGAUUAACUGUGCCAGAAGACACAAUUCUAACUGUUACUGUUCAUGAUCAGGAUGAAGUAAGCUCUUUGCAAUACAAGGUUGUUGAGAAUAGUGGCUAUGGCUCUGACAAAUUUGUACUGAUUCCAAAUUUUGAUGGAAGCGCAGCACUGAAAGCCAUUAAGCCAUUAGACUAUGAAGAAGGGAAAUAUAAUAAUUAUUUUAGGUUCAAAAUACAAGUUACUGACAAGGACACAAAUAAUGAUACUGAUGAGUAUCAUACCAGAUAUUCGUGGGUUGUGAUAAAAUUACGAGAUAUAAAUGACAAUCAACCAACAUUUGAGAACAGUAUACGUGAAGUUUCUGUUGAAGAGAACACAGAAGUCAAUACAUCUUUAGCUAGAUUUAGGGCAACAGAUGCUGAUAAAGGAGGGAAAAGUAAAGUUAAUUACCAGAUUCAGCGCUCCUCUGAUACCAGGAAACACUUCCGGAUAGACCAACAGGGGACAGUCUAUCUACAACGUAACCUUGAUAGAGAAACAGUGCCUAGACAUGAGGUACAAAUUUUGGCAGUUGAUGAUGGAUUUCCACCAAAAACGUCAACAGCAACCUUGAUUAUACUAGUUAAAGAUAUAAAUGACAAUGCCCCUGCAUUCCAGCACAAUUACCAGCCUGUUGUACAAGAAAAUGCUUCUCCAGGAAUCAUUUUAGAAAUUUUUGCAAGUGAUGAAGAUGACAGUCAUAUUGGAAAUGGGCCACCUUUCACUUUUCAAAUGGCAGAUGAUGCAGAUGAUGCUAUAAAAUCCUCAUUUCUCAUUGAAAAUAUUCACAGUGGUGCUAAUGGAAAUGGCUCAGCUGUUGUAUCAUCUCUGCUGUCAUUUGACAGAGAAUCACAAAAGAAAUAUCUAAUUCCUGUAGUCAUUAAGGACUCAGGUAAUCCUGUAAUGUCUGGAACAUCGACUCUCACUAUCACAGUUGGUGAUGAGAAUGAUAAUUCCAUGGCUCCUGGAAACAAAGAGAUAGUUGUUUAUAAUUAUAUGGUACAUACUUCAGAAGCUGAAAUUGGCAGAGUUUUUGUUGAUGAUGCGGAUGACUGGGACUUUCCUGAUAAAAGGUUCUUUUGGCAUGGACAUCAGCCUGAUAAAUUUAUACUUGAUGAGAAAUCAGGAAUGAUAAAAAUCAAGAAAGGUAUAGAAGCAGGAAGAUACACCUUGCAAUUCAAUGUGUAUGAUCAUCAACAUGGUCAAGUUGACAUAUUGGCGAAUGUCUCAGUUAUUGUGAAAGAUAUUUCCUAUAAUGUAAUUGCCAAUUCUGGUUCAAUCAGAAUAUUAGAUUUGUCAGAUGAAAACUUCAUCAGGAAAAUCUUCAACAAGACAGAUUUUGGCAACAAGAGUAAAGGAGAUAUACUUCAAGAAAAACUGGCUAAAAUCUUCAAAAUCAAGACUGAAAAUCUAUGCAUAUUUAGCAUAAAAUCAAGAACUCAGCAAUAUAUUAUUACAGAUAUACAUUUUUCUAUUUGUGGCCCUGGUUCUUAUGUGUACCAACCUACAAGACUUAAUGGCAUUGUUCAGAUGCACUGGCAAGAGAUAGAGCAAGAGACUGGUAUCAGAAUGCUUAUGAUUGGCAUUAAUGAAUGUCUCCAGGAGAAUCAUAAAUGCAGAGAAAGUUGUUCAAAUGUUGUGAGAAUUGGUGAGCUGCCACACUUGGUAGAUGCCAACAGAACAGCUUUUGUUGGAAUUGAUAUGCAAGUUGUAGCAGAAUGUGGAUGUGAAGCACAAAAUUUUAAGAAACCUGAAACCUGUAUCUGUUAUAAUGGAGGCACAUGUAUCUGGAAAGGAAACAGCAUAAGUUGUUCCUGUCCACAUGGUUAUCAUGGCCCAAGAUGCCAAGGAACUACAAGAGCAUUCCAGGGAGAUGGAUGGGCAUGGUUCCCUCCCCUUAGUGUUUGUGACAAAUCACAUCUGAGUGUAGAAUUCAGAACAAGGAACCCAAAUGGUACUUUAUUGUACAAUGGACCCAUUGCAGCAUCAAGCAAUGAACAGGCUCUCACAUCAGAUUUUAUAUCCUUGGAGGUAGAAGAAGGUUUACCAAAACUGUUAAUCAAUUUUGGUUCUGGUGUACUUACAAUGAAGAUAAAUAAAAGUCCACGAUUGGAUGAUGGACAGUACCAUCACAUAGAUAUCUUCUGGAACACAGAGGAAUUCUUGUACUGA